AGACUCUUUUCCCGGUGCUUAGUCAGGUUUUGAAUGCCCGCGAGAGGGAGCACUGUGGUACUGGCCUACCAUAAACACUCAGGCCACUGCAAAAGGUCUCCCGCUGCUUUUCCCGGCCAGUGCCGUUUUGGGGGGGCGCGGGCCGCCGCCGCCGCGGAAAGAGCGGGCGGGGGGGUUCCUCGGGCGCGCACCUACUCGCUGCGCUCAGUUCCCGAUCGAUUACAGCUGGCGAAGGACCUGGUGCACCCCUCCUUGGAGGAUGAGAAGAGAAAGCACAAAAAGAAACGGCUUGUGCAGAGCCCGAACUCCUACUUCAUGGAUGUAAAAUGUCCAGGAUGCUACAAGAUCACCACUGUAUUCAGCCAUGCUCAGACAGUAGUUCUGUGUGUAGGGUGCUCCACUGUUCUGUGUCAGCCUACUGGGGGGAAAGCCAGACUCACAGAAGGCUGUUCAUUUAGAAGAAAGCAACACUGAACACUUCAGCAUGUGGCUUUGUAUCUCUGUUCCUGAAAGCCUUACCAGUUUAAAAAUGCCUGUUAAUAUAAUAAUGUAAUUAUGACUGAUUUUGUAAAAAUUACAUGCUACUGCUGACUAGCGAGCUGGAAUCUCUUUUUCAAUAAAUAAUCUGAAGUGCAAGUUUUUCCUGCAA